GUUAUGACAGCAGUUGUUGGGAAGAAGCAACCAGUAAGAGGUCAAGCAUUUCGUGCACCAAAUGGAGAAUAUGUAUCAUACCUUUGUACUGAUGAUGCAACACUGUAUAGGCCUGGAGAUUCUGUGUAUAUUGAAAGUCAACGUGCUGAUCAACCGUUCUUUAUAUGCUCAAUACAAGAAUUUCGCAGAUUUGACGUAUUGUUCGAAGUCAUGAAUUCCUUCUCCAUUACAGAUACUCUUCUUCAAAGCCCAACAGUGCCUACGGGGCUUGACAUACAGGAAGGAGUAACUGGGUUGAGCCUCCACCCUGAUGCUGCCCUUGCACAAGAUUGUGCAGACAAUAAAUCGUUGGUAACAGAUGAUCCAGUGAUAAAAUCAAGAGAACUUUUCAUCUCCGAUGCUACAGAUACGUACCCUGUGUCUGUCCUUAGAGGCUUGUGUCGCGUGGAUCAUUAUUCAGAUAUUCAUUCUGUUAGAGAUUUUAUGCCUGAAGAUAAUGCCUUCUUUUAUAUUCUUGGAUAUAAUCCUGAGACACGGAGAUUAGCCUCAACACAGGGAGAAAUACGAGUAGGUCCAUCACAUCAGGCCAAGCUUCCUGAAUAUAGGGGCAAUGUUAUAGUAGAAGAGAGGCCAGAGGCCUGUGCAGAUUGGGAGGAGCAGCGGUGGGUUCCUGGUGCUUCGAGGGACACCGACCUCCUCAUGUACCUACGUGCUGCUCGCUCUAUGGCUGCAUUUGCUGGUCUUUGUGAUGGUGGCUCCACUACAGAUGGCUGUAAUGCUGCAUCCCGAGAUGAUACAACCAUCAACGCACUUGAAAUGCUCCACAAUAGUGACUAUGACCAUGGCAAAGCUCUCCAAGCCCUUGUCAAGUGCCCUGUUCCUGAUGGGAUUGAAAAAAAGUGGUCUGAAGAAGAAAGAAAACGUUUCAUGAAGGGAUUACGACAGUAUGGGAAAAAUUUCUUCAGGAUAAGAAAAGACUUGCUGCCCCACAAGGAAACGAGUGACUUGGUGUCAUUCUAUUACCUCUGGAAGAAGACACCGGCAGCAGCUGGCCACAGGCCACACCGCCGACACCGCCGUCAGAAUGUAUUGAGAAGAAUUCGAACCCCACGUGCUCAACGAAACACAGGUCCUAGUGAUCCACUUGAUCCAUCCUCUGCCUCAGAAAAAGAUGAUGAUUCAGAUGACUCAGAUUCCAAAGAUCGUCAGGGCUAUCAUUGCCGACACUGCUAUACUACUUCAUCCCGUGACUGGCAUCAUGCAGGAAAGGAUAAACAGUUGCUUUGCUACGAAUGUCGUAUUCAUUUUAAGAGGUAUGGAGACUUACCAGUAAUCACUAAUCCUCGUGAGCCCCCACCUGGGUCUGGCCGACCUCCACCAGCUCCCACCGAAGAGGAUUUACGAAUGAGAACCCGCACACGAUCCAAAGAAAUAAGUACUCGUCACCGUGCUGCCAGACGUUCAAGAGCAAACACUCCUGAUAUAACUGAUGAAUGCCCAACACCUGACAGAAGAACCCCAGAUAGACGAACUCCUGACAGAAGAGCAUCUCGCCUUUCAGCUUCUCCCGCCCCUAAAAAGGUGGAGGACAAGACUGUGCGACGAGUAAAGCGAACGCUUGGUCCUGACGAAGCCUCUGGGUCGUCCACGCCAAACAAGAGGAAACGCAGUGGUGGAGAUAUAUCUGGUCUUAGUUCAGAGGAAAGUUCUGAUGAAGGUGAUGGUGGAAGUGGUGAUCCGAGUUCCCCGUCUCCAAUUGCUCCAUCGACGCCAACUCCACAACUUCACCCAGUUGCACCUCCCCGUUCAGAAGCAUCGGUUACUUCUGGAGCAUAUCAUCCCAUUUCUACCACUGCUGUGGUCACAUCAACAGCUACCACAACUACUGCCACCAUCACCACUACAACUACAACUGCUACCAUUACAACUUCAGUAACAACUCCUAUAGUUACUGCCUUACCCAUACAUACUCUUGCAGUUACAACAGCUACUACUGCGACAUCUACCCCCAUUCCUAUUCACAUUCCAGUUUCAACUGUCACUCCAACCACUUGUACUACUACCACAACAGUGCCGUCAUCACCUUCACCAUCAAUUUCAUCGCAUCUCAUUCCUAUGUCAGUUUCAUCACCAUCGCCUGCUCCCCCAGCAAAGCCUCGACAGCUGAUGCACUCAGGAACAGUAUGGCCAGUCAUGCCUGGUUCUCCUGCACCUCCCAAUAUUCCAGUUUCUACCACAUGUGGUGUAACAAGCACUGCUCAGGUGCAGCCAACAUGGAGUAGUGUAGUGCAGUCUUCGCUAGCAGCUGCUGCUGCAAUACCAAGGUUGUCUCCUGGAGGUUUAGUGCCUCCUCCAGCUCACAGUGGCUCAGCAGUACAAGGACAAGUAACGGGUCGCCUUACUACUACUGUGUCAACAACACAGUCGCCAGUUGUCACUCAAUAUAAACAAGCAGUCGUAUCAUCUGCCCCAGUCAUAUCAACUAUGAGCAGUGUCAUAAAUCAGGGUCAUAAUAGGCCAGUAGUUUCUGGAAACCGUGUUCCUCCUGUCCCGCAGCUUGUUACUCCCAGUGCCACCAGGCCAUCUUCCCUUACUGUAGUAGCUCCUGUAGCAUCUGUUGGGUUAUCUACCACAUCUCCAGUCACAACGACAACUGUAUCUAAUGCAUUGCGACCUGUAACAAGUAUAAAUUUUGAAGAGCGUGGAUCUGUAGUGAGAGCACCUAUUAGUAGUGUACCACAUAGUACGCUUUCUACAUUACCAGGAACACCACCUACUACGCAAGACAAACCUAUCAAAAUCAAAUCAGAACCUGAGGCUGUCAGAUUUUCUCCAGGAAUUCACCCUGCUUUAAGACCAUCUGCUGUCCAUGGCUAUCCCCAAACAGGAACAUCAAAUCCUCCAGUUAGUCAAGCACCUUCCACCACUGUCUCUGUGGCAAGAGGAAGUCCUGCACCUGCAGCAUACACUGUUGGAUUAUCAGGAACACCUCCUGCAAGCCUCCCAUUGGUAUCAUCACGCUCACCUUUAAUACCUGGUUCAAACAUUCCCCAAUAUUCUGGUCCUCCUGGAAUCAUUAAGCCAGAGCAAAUAAAGCGUGAACCUGAACUUGUACCAAGAACUGAGAAAAUUAAGUAUGAACAGCUUCCUAUGUUGAGUGAUGGAUUUAAAAGUGAAUUAAUUAAGUCUGAACCAAAGCCUGAAAUAAAAUUAGAAAGGAGUGAUAGGCCAGAAAUCAUUGCGGAAUUCAAAUCGGAAUAUCGGCACGAUAUUAAGCCUCCAAUCUCGACUUGUCCUCCAAGUGUUACAUCUGUCACAACUUUAUCAUCUUUGCCUGCUCAUCUCACCAUACCUGGAUAUCCUUACCCUUACGCACCCUAUGGUUAUCCACUUCCCAUCCAAUUUUAUCAUGGACAUCCUCGAUCUACAUCACAUCGACCACAGUCACCUUCACAACGUCCUAAUAGUAAUGGGCCUUUUAUCCCUGUUUCUUCAUCGGGAAGUUCUAGUAGAGUUUCCCCAAAUCCUGUAUCGUUUGCAAUAUCAUCAUCAACUGUAACAACCUCAUCAACCACAACAAAGCCAUCACCAACACUAGGAUCACAUUCAGCUUCUCAUCUAGGGCUACCAGUGUAUGCUAGCCGCUCUGGAGCACCUUCCCACCUCUCCUCCCCAAGUAAGCUGCCAUCUAGUCAGCCGCCACCAGUACCACCUGGUUUGCGUCCACCGGGACCUGCCGUUGGGUUGCCAGGAAUGUCACCUGGAUUGCCACCUGGAUUGCCACCUGGAUUGCCACCUGGAUUGCCACCUGGAUUGCCUCCUGGUAUGGUUCCAGUUUCAUCAGCAGGAACCACAAUGCCCACACCUCCAGCAGCUCAUACAGGACCUGUUGUGAAGCCUCCUAGUAUGCCUGUGAAUCUAACUCAGCCUCCUACACCUGCUCCUGGCCAGCCACCUACAACUCAGGCCUUGCCAGCCACAGUGCCACCAAGCCACCCAGCAUAUCCAGGAGGUCCUGCAUCUACCCAUAACACUGGAGCCACUGUUCAUGAAGGAGAAGAACACGAUGAUGGUGAUGAUGACCUACCUUCUCACAGGGAACCUUCCCCAGAACCAAAGAUAGAAGACUCGGAAUUUCAUCGUUCUGAAAGUGCAAUUUUCCUGCGUCACUGGAAUCGUGGAGAUUUCAACUCGUGCACCCGCACUGAUCUCACAUUCAAGCCUGUUCCUAAUAGCCAGUUAGCAAGAAAACGAGAAGAAAGGUUAAGAAAACAGGCAGAAAGAGAACGAGAAGAGAGAGAGAGAAUACAGCGGAAAGCAAACACCCCAGACAAGCGAGAGACACCCAAGCCUUCAAGCUCAGGGGAAAGCAGCUCAAUUUAUGAUCGUAUGCCACAAAGGAACCCAGUGGAUACACCAGCUCUCUCAAGACUUGGUGAAUAUGCACGCUCCCCUGCUGGGCUAUCUCCUGGCGGUGGACGGCCGCCUGGCUUAGGUUUGCCUCCAGGACUAACUGGCGGACCACCACCUGGUCUGGAUCUAUUUAACUUUGGCAGCAUGGCGGCACUUUAUCCAGCAGGAUCUCAAGAGAGGUUAGAGUUAGAAGCCAGGGAGCGUGAACUUCGGGAGUUGAGGGAUCGAGAGCUGUCGGAUCGUAUCAAGCAGGAAAUGAUGAAGCGUCCGUUGAACCCAGCUGAUGCUGCAUAUCCUCAUGGUCUUUCUCCACAUUGGUUGAGUGGUGGGCGCUUUCCGGGUAUUCCACCACCUGUAUCUUUGGCUUCAGGAUUCCCCCACAGCCAUUUGUAUGCAAGCCCGUCAGUCUCCCAAGCCAUCAUUGCCAAUGAACGGGAUAGACUAGAACGCCUGGGGCUACCAGCCACGACCCUGGGCCUGAGCGUAGCUGCUUCUUCUUCGGACAACCAACUGACUGUAUCCACUGCGGAGAGGCUAGCCCUGGCUGACCACAUGCACCGGAUGCAGAUGAUCAACGAAGUUCAUGCCCAUACUCACUCCCAUGCCCACACCCACCUCCACCUUCAUCCUGGAGCAGCAGCAGCAGCGGCUGCAGCUGGUUAUCCUCCUCGACCACCCAUGCUAAGGCCCGGUGACCCCCCUCCGCCACUACCCCCUGGAUACCCACCUCAGAGCCACCAUGCUGCCUUAUUAGGACGACCUUAUGAGGAAUUAGCUCACCUCUCGGCAGCCCAUGCUCACGAGCAACUACAAAGACAGAUGCUCUUAGAGAGGGAGCGUUACCCUCAUUUGAACCCUGGAAAUCACUUUAGGACUGACUAUGGCCAUGGCCGGUGAGAGGGAAUGAAGAUGUUUCGCUGCAGUAACACACACUGUGCAGAAUGAGGUAUUCCUGGGUCAGGAAUACAUUGGGUUAGUUGGACAGUGUAAAUACAGUAUAGCCAUUCUCUUUCAAGAAAAGUUUAACACAUAACUAAAUAGUUUCUGUAAAACAUUCAUUCCAAAGAAGGUUGAUGUGAAAUUGUUGAAAAUGGUACCAGAAACAUUUAAUCAUUUUGUAUUCAGUUUAAGAAGUUACUGUUAUGGUUUUGAUAACUGAGAAACUAUUGAGAAGGCAAGUGGUAUUUAGGAUAAUUUAAUUCCUGGUAUAGUAAACAAGUUGGAUUCUAGUUGCAUUCUAGUAUUGGAUUGAAAAAAGGCACGAUAUUUUUGGGUCUGCUUGCAUGAUAUGUAAAACAAAGUAGUACGGGUGCAAUUUAUUUUUGUCUUGCUUUUCUGCCUGUUUUUAUUGUAAGAAUGUUAGUUUGCAUUAUUUAAAAAGUUAAAAUAUAUUAUUGUGGUCUAAUUGUGGAGAAGAAAUGCGUGUUUUAACACUUGAGAGGCUACACAGAAUGCAAGAUUUCUGUGAUGCGUAGCAUAGUUUUAAUUACAAAAAAAAAAACUAUGUGAAUUGAAUAAUCCUGUAGCAGUGAAUACUUUUAACACAAUUUGACCUAUGUUGAUCUCAUUCUGUGCUUCAGAAAAAUAUGGUAUUUAUUUAGUUUCCCAGAUCUCGCAUUAUUAAAGACAAGAUUUGGUAAGUGUUUCCAAUAUGUAUAUUAGUCUUGGAAUCACUGUAACGGUGUAUAGUGUACUGUGGCUCUUCAAUCUGUAUAUUAUACGUCAGUCACCUGGGACCACCCACUGAAUAAAGAAAUAGUUUUGAUAAUUUAUUAUAUGAAUUAAAUGUCCUAUAGCCAUCGUCAUUGAAAUGUGGAUUUUUUCCUUUGUUUGAGAUAAGAAGCUUCUCGUUGGUGGCUUGGGAGAGGUUUGCUUGGUGACUAGCUAGCUUUAAACAUACAGUAUUAAGACAAAAUAUUCCAUACACCAAUUUGUCUUGGGAAGAUAUAUUGCAAGCUAUAUCUUAAUAUCAGAGCUUGGUUCCAGAACUGUUAGUACAACACAGUCCUUAUAUCAUAUUGAUUCCUCUUAGCAAUUGUGAUGCAGUAACUCAAUAUUUUACCUGGUCCAUAGCUGGUGUUAAGCCUUCUCGCUUGUAAAACACUAUGGAUAGCCAGAUGUAAUAUCACCAGGCAGGAAUUUGUUUUAUCAAAUUUAAAUAGCUGCCAGCACAACAAACAACCCCAUAGGCAGAUGUAGGACCUUUCGGCCCAAUCAAGCCAAACAAUUUGUCAUUUGUAUUGGUUAUAUGAGGAGCAUGACCUGUUUCACUGUACAUGUGGGUCUCCUUUCUCUACUGGGUGUAUAGAGGUGAAUGAAGUAAUCUACUCUGCUUCUUAGUGAAACUUGGGAUCUUUUACUAGUGAAGAAAGUGUGCUUUCUUAAGACAUAAAUAGAGAUACAUGGGCCAUAUUGUACAACACAAAUAUUUCCAUAAAUAUUUAGAAUCCAAUUUACAAAAGUAAAUUUGAGAUCAGGAAAUGGAGCUUAUGUUUUUGGAAAUCACAUCUAACAAAAUUGUAGCCAAUUUUUCCUUUAUACGUUAAGAUAACAUUAAAUGUAAAAAUUCGUCUGAGUAUCCCAGCAAAAAUAAAUUGAAUAGUUACACCAAGCAUUUUAUGAAAAUGUUGAUUGUGAUCAUUGGCUGUGCUUCCACAAAACUCCCAGAUAUUGUGACCUUGCUAAUAAAAAUUUUUACAAUUUUGUGUAACUCAAUUAUAUGGCUUUAUUUCAAGAUAUUAAAAUGAAGAGCCAUGGUAUGGAAAGUCUUUUUACUCCAAAUAAUACUUAAAGGUUGAGACAACAUGAUGAAAGGUUUUCCAUUAAGACAUUUAAUUUUCCUCAUUUUAUGCUCAAGUUUGUUGCAAGUGUCUUUUUUAUGUACUGUUUUUUAUAUAAGGAUCAAAAGAAAUUUGUCAGUGCCCCCAAAAUGGUGUAUUUUUUUAUUAUAUGACAAGUGGAUAUUUGCGUACAAUAAAUUGAUGGAUUGCAGUAUUAAUUUUUAAUGUGUAGAUUUAUGUUAUUUAAUGCUUGAGCACUCUUAUAAAUUGUUUUUAUUACUCAUUAUUCUUUUUGGGAAGCUAAAAACAGAGAUAUCUGAUUUUGUGAGAAAUUAUCUGUAGCAAACUGUAGGUACAAACUGUUUACUCAUUCCUUUAAGUUCCCUCUUAUGCAAUGAAAGUUUUUAUUUCGACUUUUAAAGUGCAAAAUUUUGCUAAAAUCUUAACAAAUUGUGAACAUCUAUUGUGAAAUAAAAUAUUUCAUAUUAGAUAAAGUAUAUUUUAUCAUUUCACAUGGAUGCUUUGUUAAGUAAUUGUUAUUAUUUUUUGCAAUCCAUGGGUUUAGUUUCUUUUUAAUUUAUUUUAUUAUUCUAAUGCAAAAUGUUAAAUAUGAUCUUAUUUAAAAAUCCCUUUAUGUUAUAACUACUGUAUGUGAUUUACCGACAGAUCAUAUUUCUCUCUCAAGAGACUGAAGCAUUCGUGAUAAUUAUUGUUGAAAUUUUGAUUCGUACCAAAUAUAAUAUUGUGUACAGUAAAGUUCAGGAUGUGUAUCGUUUAUAUGAACAUUUAAUGAGGUUUUGUAGGUGUGCGUUGAGGAGACUGAGCCUGAAUUGAAGUUGAAUAUUAUUUUAAGUGAAUUUGAAUGUGAAUGAGAAUGCAGUGUUUGAUAACCCCUUUUUAAAGGCUCUUUUUCAUGAAUUGUAAAUACAAUAAAAUCACUUUAAUGUAAUUCCACCUAUAAUAAUAUUAAUUACUGAUGACAUCACUCAUGUGCAAGGUCAUCAGUAUUGUACAUAACCACGAAGAAGACUUAGGUGUCUUUUUUUUUUUUUUUUUUUAAUUUUUUACCUUGUUUCCACUGUGAGUUUUGUCACUAGAAAUACAUGUUUAAAAGAU